AUUGUUCUUGCACGCAGAGCUGCAGAAGAUGGAUGUGAAAUGGAAGCAAUGGUGCUUUAUAUGCAUUGUUCUUGCAAGCAGCUCUGCAGAAGCCCACAUUUUCAAUGUCAAACACUUUGGUGCGAAGGCUAAUGGCAAGACAGGUAUCACUAAAGCUCUGUUAUCUGCAUGGACUAUGGCCUGUGAAUCACAUGAACCAAGUACGGUUCUCAUUCCAGAGGGAAAAUAUCGCUUGGGUCCUGUAAUCUUGAAAGGACCAUGCAAGAGUCCUUCAAUUGGGUUUCGGCUUGACGGGUUUGUGCAGGCUCCAUCCAAUCUUGCCAUGUUCAAGACGGAUGGUUGGAUUGUUUUCCAGUGCAUCAAUGGAUUGACGCUCUUCGGAAAAGGAACAAUUGAUGGCCAAGGACGAAAAGCUUGGAGGAUCAACAACUGCGCCCAAAAUCCUAAUUGCAAAAUGCUCCCCGUUAGUUUAAGAUUCAACUUCCUCAACAACACUUUGAUCCGAGACAUAACCUCGGUGAACAGCAAACACUUCCACAUGAACUUCUUGGCAUGCAAGGACAUGACCGUUCAACAUGUUAAAAUAUCGGCACCCCGCGAUAGUCCCAACACUGAUGGUAUCCACAUGGGAAUCUCCGAGAGGAUCAAUAUUACCGACACAGUGAUUGCCACCGGUGACGAUUGCAUCUCCGUUGGUCCUGGCACCCGCAACCUAACUGUCACAAAAGUGGUAUGUGGACCAGGACAUGGCAUUAGUGUGGGCAGCUUAGGCAAGUACCAAGAUGAAGAAGAUGUAUCUGGAAUCUCAGUAAGGAACUGCACCUUCAUCAAUACACAAAAUGGUGUAAGGAUCAAGACAUGGCCUUCCUCACCCGUCGGUUUCGCCUCCGAUAUCAUAUUUGAGGACAUAAUCAUGAAGAAUGUCUCCAAUCCAGUCAUCUUGGAUCAAGAGUAUUGCCCACAUUUUAAAUGUGAUAAGGAUGAUCCAUCACUUGUUAAGCUGAGCAACAUCAAGUUCAACAAGAUCAGAGGGACAUCAUCCUCGCAGCUUGCAGUCAUAAUAGCAUGUAGCAGAGGGGCACCAUGUAAGAACUUGGAGAUUGGACACAUCAACUUGAAGUACAUUGGAACUGAUGGACCAGCUCGGUCCACAUGUUCUAACGUGAAUCCCAUUCUUUCGGGCCUGCAGUUCCCACCUACCUGUGUCUAAAUUCUAUCAAAUAAUACCAGAAAAGGUUCACAAAUCCCGUUUCAUAGAAAAUUUGUAGAUUUCCCUUUCAUGUUAAGAUCCACUAUCAAGUGAUGAAUAAUUUUAUAUUUGAUUAAGGGAUGUUAUUAAUGUAACAAGGGUCGGUUACGAUUGAAAAAAAUAACAAAAUGGUGAAAAGACAAAUAUGCAAUAAAAAAGGAUACAUUGUGGA